AUGGAAGGCUCUUAUGAUCGCGCUUUGACUGUUUUCUCGCCAGACGGACAUCUUUUUCAAGUGGAAUAUGCUUUAGAAGCGGUUAGAAAGGGUACUUGUGCGGUUGGAGUUCGUGGUGAAGAUUGUGUUGUUCUUGGUGUAGAGAAAAAAACUGUUCUUAAAUUACAAGACCCUCGUACUAUACGAAAGAUAGUUAUGCUUGAUGAUCACGUAUGUAUGGCUUUUGCAGGUCUAAGUGCGGAUGCACGAGUUCUUGUUAAUAAGGCUCGAGUGGAAUGUCAAAGUCAUAGACUUACUGUUGAAGAUCCUGUAACAAUCGAGUAUAUUACUCAUUAUAUUGCUACCAUUCAACAAAGCGGUGGUGUACGACCUUUUGGAAUUUCCACACUUAUUAUUGGAUUUGACCCGAAUGAUAAAAUACCUAGACUUUAUCAAACUGAUCCAUCAGGAAUAUAUUCAGCAUGGAAGGCAAAUUCCAUUGGUAGAAGUUCUAAAACUGUUCGCGAAUUUUUGGAGAAAAAUUAUAAAGAAGGGUUAUCUAAAGAUGAAACCAUAAAAUUAGCAGUCAAAUCUUUGUUAGAAGUUGUACAAACGGGUGCAAAGAAUAUUGAAAUUGCAGUCGUGACUGCAGAUUCUGUCAAGAAUUUAGAAAUAGAAGAAGUUGAAGCUAUUGUAUUACCUAUUUCUAAUUUACCAAAUUAA